UCUAGGUUCAUUUGCUGAAGUUUCCAAGUCUGCUCUUCUCUUCUUAAGCUGAUAAUGAAAAGCAAAGGUAAAAAGAUACAAUAUCUUGCACUAACCAGUUUAUAUAGAAGUAUGCAAGUCGCUCUGUGGUGUGCUUUAAAAAAAUCCUUAGAAUCCCAAGUGAUCUGUAGCAAUUUGAAUGUGUACUUUUUCUCUGUUUUGCUUUGGGGUGUGUGGGAUGUAGUGUAUAGCAGCUAAACAAUACCUCACUUGUUUACAGAAAAGCUUGGGAAGGAGCAGUGUGAAAGAAGAAAAUAUUUACAAUAGUUUUCUACCCAAUUAAAACCAGAAGGCAGACUGAAAAGGAGCGAGCUCAUCUACCACCCACACCAAUUAAAAGUUACAUGAUGGAAUUCACGUUUUCUCAAGAAGAGUUGCAUAUCUUAGGUCAGUACCGUUGAAGAUACCUUCUGAUUGCAACACCCCAAGCACAGUCCUGUAACAAAUUUGCUGGAAGAACGCAUACAAUGGAUCUCAAAGAAAGCUGCCCAAGUGUUAGCAUUCCCAGCUCUGAUGAACACAGAGAGAAGAAAAAAAGGUUUACUGUUUACAAAGUGUUGGUUUCAGUUGGCAGAAAUGAGUGGUUUGUCUUCAGACGGUAUGCAGAGUUUGAUAAACUCUACAAUACGCUAAAGAAGCAAUUUCCCACUAUGAACUUGAAGAUUCCAGCUAAAAGAAUAUUUGGAGAUAAUUUUGAUCCCGAUUUUAUUAAACAGAGAAGAGCAGGACUGAAUGAAUUCAUUCAAAACUUAGUUAGACAGCCAGAGCUAUGCAACCACCCAGAUGUCAGAGCAUUUCUUCAGAUGGAUAACCCAAAACACCAGUCAGAUCCAUCUGAAGAUGAAGAUGAUAGGAGUAAUCAGAAGUUAAAUUCUACCUCACCGAAUAUCAACUUGGGACCAUCUGGAAAUCCUCAUGCUAAGCCAACGGACUUCGAUUUCCUGAAAGUGAUUGGGAAAGGCAGCUUUGGCAAGGUUCUUCUUGCAAAAAGAAAACUGGAUGGGAAAUAUUAUGCUGUCAAAGUGCUGCAGAAAAAAAUUGUUCUUAACAGGAAAGAGCAAAAACAUAUCAUGGCUGAACGUAAUGUGCUUCUGAAAAAUGUGAAACAUCCAUUUUUAGUUGGAUUACAUUACUCAUUCCAAACAACAGAAAAGCUUUACUUUGUCCUGGAUUUUGUUAAUGGAGGAGAGCUGUUCUUUCAUUUACAAAGAGAACGUUCCUUUCCUGAGCACAGAGCCAGAUUUUAUGCUGCUGAAAUAGCCAGUGCACUGGGAUACUUACACUCCAUAAAUAUUGUGUACAGGGAUUUAAAACCAGAAAACAUUCUCCUAGAUUCACUAGGUCAUGUUGUGCUGACAGACUUUGGACUUUGUAAAGAAGGGAUUGCAAGUUCUGAUACUACUGCAACAUUCUGUGGGACACCGGAAUAUCUUGCACCAGAAGUUAUUAAAAAGCAGCCCUAUGACAACACAGUAGACUGGUGGUGCCUUGGUGCAGUUCUUUAUGAAAUGCUUUAUGGACUGCCUCCUUUUUACUGCCGUGACGUUGCUGAGAUGUAUGAGAAUAUUCUUCACAAGCCCCUAGUCUUGCGUCCAGGAAUCAGCCUCACAGCCUGGUCUAUUCUGGAGGAGCUUUUGGAGAAAGAUCGGCAAAGCAGACUUGGAGCAAGGGAAGAUUUUCUUGAAAUUCAAAAGCACCCAUUCUUUGAAUCUCUCAGCUGGACUGACCUUCUACAGAAGAAGAUUCCACCACCAUUUAAUCCUAACGUGGUUGGCCCGGAUGAUAUUGGGAAUUUCGAUGCGGUGUUUACAGAAGAAAUGGUCCCAUACUCAGUUUGCAUCUCUUCUGAUUACAGCAUUGUUAAUGCCAGUGUCCUAGAGGCAGAUGAUGCAUUUGUUGGGUUUUCUUACGCACCACCUUCUGAAGAUAUGUUUUCCUAGGAAGUUAGAAGCCAACAGUGUUUUGGAAGUCUUGGGAUGAACUCAAACAUUGAACACAUUCCAAAUUAGUGUAACUAGUGCCUCAUUUUGUAUAUAGGUUUGUAACCUAUGAACAAACAUUCUCUGCUGUAUAGGAGGAAUUUGGGCAUUUUGGAUGGCUUUCUUUGGGAUUUGAACUGUUUAUUUCCUGCUGCAGAAAAUAUUUUUUAAAGAACAUUAAGUAACAUUCUCUACAUUAACGUAUUUUUUAAGCAAAAACACUGACUGUUCUCAUCAGUCCCUUCAGGUUUACAUUCGUACAUAUCUAAGAUAAGGCCGGCACAAGCAGCAGCGUUAUUUAGUAAAUUUAUAAAUGCCUUUGUACCUAUUUACAGUGACUCUGUGCUUGAAUUGUAACUAUGCAAAUUAUCUUUUGUAUAUUCCUGGUUUAAAAAAGUUAAAUGUUUUUUUCCCUGUUAUAUUGGUUUGAGCUUUGUUAACCUGUCAGCACUUAAAUGAAGAUUUAAUUUAAGACUGAGAUGCUUGGAGGAUUUACGUAGAAGGAAAAAUCGGGUAUGUAAAACUAGAUUGUCACUUUUGUGUAUGCUGGAGUACCUGCAUCUGUGAACUGGAUUAUUUGAAGUAUGCAGGAUUACUCAAAGCAAGAAUGGAACAAAUUAACUAUCCAUUUGGUAACCUUACUGAUCACGAGUUCUACCUUUUUUCCUCCCUGAGAUAAAUGUGUCUGUAUUUCAACUGCAUUAAAAAUAUUUUUGGUUAAAACUCUGCUUUUCCAAAGAUAUAAUAUGCAAUAAUCAGUGCUACUUUGAAAGGCUGUUUUACUUUAACCUUCCUGUGGUGGAUGGUGAGGGGAUCACACCAAACAUUGAGUACUUUUCUCACUGAUUUGUAUUUGGAAACACUAAUAUGUUCCAAAUCUCUUGUAUUUCAACACGCAUAGCUACUUGUCUUUGUGUCCCAUUUUUAAAUCUUCACUUGCUAUUUGGAAAAAAAAAAAAA